AUGUUUGUUGAUAAGAAUUUACCAUUUACCAAAUCAAAACUUUAGAAAACUGAUAUUAGAGAAAUCGGUAGUAAAAAAUAUAAUUUUAGAGUAAGUACAAAAAAAAAGUAUUCUAAAUACCAAAGGAUUAAUAAUAGUAAGCUGAUGAGGCUAGAUAUCAAUUUAUACAUUAAGAUGGAGAUCACAUUAUAUUCUUAAAUUUAUCACAAUGAAAGUUCUGAUUGGUUAUAUCAAAAUUUCAUUAAUUAUCGAUGUUUAAAAUCAGCAGAUAAAAUCAAGGUUUAAAUAAGACAAAUUAUGUAAAAGUAAUAAAUUUCUUUGACUAAAACUGAUCCAUCAAAUGCCUUAUAUUACACUAAAACCAAAAAGCUUUAAUUGCUGGUAUCCUAUAUGAAAGUCAAGGAUACAAUAUUCUUAAACUUCUGUUGUAUAAGUCAACCCUUUUUAGGAUAUUAAAUUUGUAAUUAUUAUGUCCAACUUUAGUUAAAUAGUUGUUAUACAUCCAUGCGUUUUUUAUUUUAAUAAUUAUGUUGA